AUGGGAGACCAUGAGUUCAAGUCCCACCUGAACCACAAAAUCCAACUGGGUGAUUUGGGGUUUGAUGAAAUUGUUGGUGGAUUUGAUCAGUUGCCUAUGUGCAUGUAUCAAGCCAUUGCCAACAACGUGUACUUCAAUGCCCAAGUAACCAAGAUACAACAGAAUGCUGAGAAAGUCAGAGUGGAAUAUCAAACCCCAGCAAAGACCUUGUCAGAUGUGACAGCUGAUUAUGUCAUUGUGUGCUCCACGUCAAGGGCCACCCGUCGCAUCUCUUUUGAACCACCCCUUCCACCAAAGAAAGCACACGCUUUGCGGUCUAUCCACUACAGAAGUGGUACCAAGAUCUUCCUCACUUGCACUAAGAGGUUUUGGGAAGCUGAUGGUAUUCAUGGUGGGAAGUCCACAACUGAUCUUCCAUCCCGAUUCAUCUACUACCCUAAUCAUAACUUUACUAGUGGCGUUGGGGUUAUUUUGGCCUAUGUCAUUGCUGAUGAUGCCAAUUUCUUUCAAGCUCUUGAUAUCAAGAGCAUGGGUGAUAUUGUCAUUAAUGACCUUUCAUUCAUCCAUCAGCUGCCCAAGGAAGAGAUCCAGGCCCUCUGUUACCCCUCAGUGUUUAAAAAAUGGAGCCUGGAUAAGUAUGCUAUGGGUUCUAUAACCACAUUCACUCCCUACCAGCUUCAAGAUUUUAGUGAAUCACUUGCUGCACCUGUAGGCAGAAUCUACUUUGCAGGAGAGCAUGUUGCCAAAGUUCACGGUUGGGUGGACAACACAAUUAAGACAGGGCUGACAGCAGCAAGAGAUGUGAAUCGUGCAUCUGAGAAGCCAUCAAGAAUCCAUCUGAUCAGUGACAAUCAACUUUAA